AGGUGCGUAAACUUGCGCGUCUUCUAGCGGCUGUCGGCACAAACAGCCAGGUAUUAAGGUUCGGCGAACGCAUGUAAAACUGUGUGUGAGAUAAACUCUUCUUUGAAAAAAUGGAUGCGGAUAAAAUAGGUGGCACAGAAUUAUACUGGGAAGAUGCUGUUGUCAUAGCGGUAUAUUUUGCAAUGAUAUUAGCAGUUGGAGCAUGGUCUUCGUAUCGAAGCAAACGGAACAGUGUCAGUGGGUACUUCUUAGCCAGUCGGAGUAUGCACUGGAUACCGGUUGGAGCUUCUUUAUUUGCCAGCAACAUCGGUAGUGGACAUUUUAUAGGUUUAUCAGGGUCAGGCGCCAGUACUGGAAUAGGAAUAGCAGGAUUUGAACUUAACGCUAUGUUUGUAGUGUUGAUAUUAGGAUGGUUCUUCGUCCCUGUCUACAUGGCAUCUGGGGUUUAUACGAUGCCCGAAUAUCUGAGGAAGCGUUUUGGUGGUCAGAGAAUACGUAUCUACUUAUCUGUCUUAGCUCUUUUACUUUAUGUUUUCACUAAAAUAUCGGCCGAUUUAUAUGCUGGAGGCAUUUUUAUCAACCAGUCAGUUAAACUUGACCUGUACGGAUCUGUGCUUACUCUUUUAGCUAUCGCCGCCCUAUUCACCAUCUCAGGUGGACUGAGUGCGGUUAUUUGGACUGAUUUUGCUCAAACUAUUCUCAUGUUACUUGGAGCUUUGGUGCUGUGCAUUCUUAGUUUUGCAAAAGUUGGUGGAUAUUCAAAGUUAAUAGAAGACUUCAAAAAUGUCCAUGUAAAUGAAAGUUACGCCGGAUAUGAUGCAGAUAACAAAUCUUGCAGCCGAGUUCCUGACAACUACAUGCACCUUCUUCGACCACCAUCUGAUCCUGAUUUGCCAAUAACCGGAAUGACAAUCGGACUUACAAUCAAUGCUGUAUGGUACUGGUGUUCAGAUCAGGUAAUAGUUCAAAGAGCACUGUCUGCGAAAGAUCUUUCCCAUGCUAAGGGGGGAUGCAUUUUGGCAGGUUAUCUGAAAAUGCUUCCUCUUUUCCUGCUAGUUUUCCCUGGAAUGGCAUCAAGAAUUUUAUUUCCAAAUGAGAUAGCAUGUUCCAGUCCUGCCGCCUGUAAAGAGAUAUGCGGAAGUGAGCUAGGCUGUACAAACAUCGCUUAUCCAAAGCUGGUCUUAGAACUGAUGCCCGCUGGCGCUCGUGGACUUAUGAUUUCCGUCAUGUUAGCUGCAUUAAUGAGUUCUCUGACGUCAAUCUUCAACAGUAGUUCAACAAUCUUCACUAUAGACAUCUGGAAAAGAAUACGGAAACGAGCUUCUGAUACUGAACUUCUGAUUGCUGGAAGAUUAUUCGUCGUAUUUCUAGUGGUUGUAAGCAUUAUAUGGAUACCUAUAAUCCAAGCUGCGCAGAACAGUCAGUUGUUUCAUUACAUUCAAAGCGUCACAUCGUUUUUGGCUCCCCCAGUGUGUGCCGUCUAUGUUCUAGCAAUAGUGUGCAAAAGAGUCAAUGAACAGGGUGCAUUCUGGGGUCUCAUGACAGGCCUUAUUGUAGGCUUAAUCCGGUUCAUUUGGGAGUUUUCCUACAGUGUUCCUAGUUGUGCUUCUCAGGAACAAGAUCCUCGACCGGAUAUAAUCUCUAAAGUCCAUUAUUUACACUUUGGAAUUCUUUUAUUUAUCCUGUCAUCUGCAGUCACCAUUGGCAUUUCUCUUUUAACUGAGCCCAUUGCUAAAAUACACUUACACAGACUUACAUUUUGGAAUCGUCGCAGUGAGGAUGUGAGAGUAGAGAUAACGAAGAAGAAAAUUAUACCAGACAUCAACGAGAAUGGUAAAGAAGUAAUAAAUGAAGCUUUUCAGGAUGAUGAUUACAAAACUACUUCAUUCGACAAUAAAGAUUACUUGAAUCAGGCUGUUGUUAUAGUAGACGAAGAACCUGUUAAGGUAUUCAAAGACGUCGUAUGUGAUCCUAAUCCGAAAAAUGAAGAUGAAUCCCAGAUGCCCAGGUGGAAAAGACUUUUAUAUUUUGUAUGCGGUGUUCCUACUACGAGUACCGAAGAAGAAGAGGCCCCAGUUUCAGCAGAAGAGGAAGCAACCCUGGCUGCAGCAGCCAUCAUUGAAAAACCAUUCUGGGGACGAAUAUGCAAUGCAAAUGCAAUACUUCUUUUAUUAGUGGGUGCGUUUAUAUGGGGCUAUUAUGCAUGAUAAAUAUGAAUUAAUUUUUUUAUUAAACCUACUGGAUCCCACCGUCAAUAAUACACUGCAAUGCCUCAAAGCCUUCUGCUUAAGUGAUUAGAAUAAACGUUCCCCUCCAAGAACUGUAAGAAGAAUGCUAUGUUAAAACUUUAUGUAGCAUUUUCAGUUUUCCAAAAACAGACAAAAUAUUUUUAUUAUUUUCAUGAUAUAGAAUUAAAAAGUUUAGAACUUCACACAUGAGUCGUAUAUUCUCCAAGACCAAGAGCUGAUCCCUUCGCAACAACACUUGCAACUGCCAACACGUUGAAGCGUUUUUGAAACUUGCUCUGAGAUAUCCUACAACUACUGGUAUAUUUCCUAAUUCUACUCUUCUGUGUUGUAAAAUUAAGGAUUCUUAAACAGAUGUGCUUACUUAUGAAACAGAAUUCGGCUGGUACGAGAUCAUGUGAAUAAAAUGAACGUUGAAAGGACAGAAAUUUCUGUCCCUCCUAUAAAUUUUGGAAACGGGGAAGGCUCGAGGACAAAAGCAUUAUCGUGAACAAAAGCACUAACAUAUUUUUUAUACGAUGUUGAGAUUCAAGAUGGGAAACUCUUUUAAUAUGAAAAAUAUAUUUACAACUGUUGUUAUUUUCUGGCUUGUUAUUGCUUUCGAAUCUUGCAAUAGCACCAACGUACAAAAUUGUUCGUCCACUAGCGUCAGUGCCAUAUAUUAUCUUUUGACAACUUCUCUAAAAUUAUCUCAAACAUGGAUGCCAUUCGAAGAUUUUAAUACUUUGUUACUUUCUAUGAACCGACUUCAAGAUUUCAUAGGUUUGCGAAUGCAGAAUUUAAGGUUCGUUCGGUCUCAAAAAACGCAUUUUCACGUAGCGCCAACUACAAAGUACUUGACUCAGUAUUCAGUUAUACCGAAUCAAUUGAUGUAAUUUGAAGAAUCUGCUUCGCAGUAAAGGUGGAUUGUGUUAAAAUUCUUUAGAGUGCCAUAACUCGCUAUGAUAACAGUAGUUCUGCUACCAAAUACACGUUUUUCGAAGUUGAACUUUUAUUUCCUGUCACAUAUAACGAAAUACUUUUCCUGAAAUUUUGAUGCCUACGAGUAUAUAAAGCAGUUAUUGUAAAAUUUUGUUUUGGAAAAAUUUUCCAAACUAGCACGUAGUGACAUAGCAUUAAGUUUCGAAUUCAGUACAGCAAAAAACAGUGAUGAAGUAUAGCCUAGAACCCAAAGAAGAUAUCGAGGGAAAACAUCAUUUAUUGUGAGUCGUUGAUAAACAUUCAGAAAGCCUUUAAAAAGAAAAAAAAAGUUGUUCUUACUGUCAUGAUGUGAUCGAAGGAAUAUAUAAAAUAUAUGCUAUAUAAUAGAAUCCCAUUAUUUUAAAUUAGUGUCAAUACAUUUGGUUUGCAAAUGAACAAUGAAGAAUAAUAUUCUUGAUUGAUAUUUUAAUUUGAUUUCAGAAACUAUAAUUUUACAUCAAUAACAGUAUGAAAAAUAUUUAGUAACUUCAGAAUAGAAUAUGACAUUCAAGACAAAUAUGCAAUAUGCAUAUUUAAUAAAAAAUUUAAAUUAUAAUAAUAAUAUUUUGUCAGAGAAAGUGAAGUAGUGUUUAUUCUAUUCUUCGAGAGAAAGUUAUUGUGAUAGUAAAAAACUGUAAAGCAAGUAAUUGUUAAAUCAAAUUAAAAGCAAAACUUCUGGUAAUAUCAACUCCUUUUAACAAAAAUCGAAAGAAUAAAAAAAUUUCAUCUUAUGCGUCGAUUUAAAUCUUGAUAUAUCUAUUUUUAUUCCAUUGCUAUCAAAUUUAUAUUGUAGGUGAAUCACGAUGUAGUAAAAUAUCAGCAGAAUGCUAAGUUGAAGCAACUUUUCCUUUCAAAAUAAUUUAAUUAAAUCAUUUAACGCACAGUUGCAUUUCACGAGUGUUAUCCAAGAUUUCUUUAACACAUUGAGUGCCACGAUAUAUCCAGUACAAAAAGUACAAGCAAAAAUCAAAAUCGAUUUUUGCUUGUACGAAGUAAUCUCGAAAAUCCCCUUAUUCAGAAAUGAUCACCCGUAGAACGUAGGAAGUUUUUGAAUAUGGGACUGCUAUAAUAUUUAGUUGUGUAUCUCCCAUUUGUAUUGCAAUUGGCAGUACCUAAAGUAUAUAUACUUUUACAUAGACUUACACCCUUACCCGGGUUAAAAGUUUUUACGCAGUCUUUAUUUUCGCCAUCAGUGUUCGUAGUCAUGUACUUCCAAUUACAGAAGUGUUUUGAAUGACAAAAAUAUUUAUAUUUUGGUAAUGUCAAAUUUAAUAAAAAAAUUUAUUUUGGACAAAUAACGGAAUAUAACUUUCAUUGCAGUCACCCUACUCCCAUACUUAUAUUUGGGUAAGUUUUCAUACGCGUUACCAAAAAAAUAAAAUUAUAAGAAGCUUGACUUCUGUACGACAAAAAUUGACCUGGAUUUUUAAUUUCUUUGCAAUUUUUGAUGUCAUUUUCAAUUUUUCUUGAGAGGAUCCGCUAAUUAAGUUAGAAUAAUGCGAUGAAGUGCAACAAAAAAUGUGUAUAAUUUAAAAGGCCAUACAAGGAAGUCAUAUAGUGUCCUCACCAGAUUUCUUUAUUUCUGUCCUUUUAAUGCUGUUUAACAAUUUAUAAUGUAACUUCACAAUUUUACUAAUCAACUGAAAUCCAAGAAUAUGUAUAAGUUUUUCAGGAGGAACUACUGUAAAACCUCUAUGUAUUUAAAUAAUCGAAUAACUUGGAAUCAGUUAAUGUUGCGGUUAACCGUUAACGAAGCUUCUUCAUCAUUGAUAUAUGAAAGAUGAACCCUUUAAUGAAAAGACAAUAUCAAUCAUAUCUACGUAUCAUAUACAAUAUGUUAAAAUAUUCUACAGUAUUGUAGUACAGUACAGUAGAAAUGUUCAAGGUCAGCGGUCAUUCUUCAUUAAAAAACCUUCUACAAAAGCUAUAGCAUAAUAAGACAAGCCAUUUCAGUAAGAAUCACAGUGUGUUUUUCAUCUACUUUGGAGCACACAGUGACUCUUAACUUACUUCUGGGUAUACUUGGAAGUCCUCGGGCUUUGAUGAAUAUGCAAAUAUCUAUAUGCCAUAUUAUGAAAGUAAAUUUUUAUCGCUUAUUUAUAUGUAAUUUAAAUAUCAGUUAAAAUAUCUACAUUAGUUUAGUUAGUAUAUUUAAAGAACACUAGGCUUACAACAUUUUGCUCUAUAAAUAGGAAAGCGUUCGUGUUAGUAUUUGAAUGUUCAUCAAUAUAUAUGUAUUAAUUAUUAUUAAUGGCAUUUCAAUUAAAAUAAUUGUUUAUAUAAACUGCACCCAAAAUAUGGUCAGAAUUUUCUAAAAAUUUCAGUGAAAACUACGAUUAAUUUUGUUCAAACGUGAUUUAUUUGCUUGCUUUGAUAUUUCAAAAACUAAAAUAAUAUUUUGUAUUAUUCAUGACAAAGAUAUUUCAGACAUUUCUUGCGCUAAUUUUCUUUACUAUGAGAAGAAUUUUGCUUUCUGAAAAAGUUCAGUUUUGUUAGAUUUGUAAUAUAAAAAAAUAAUCAAAAUCAUUUCAAAUAAUCAAACCUUUUGAUUAAAUUUAGAAUCUAGUGCAAUCGAAGUUAAUGGCUGUUACUUAAAAUUAACAUGUCUAAGUUUGAACAAAGAAUAAGUCUGAUUAAGAUAAGCUAUAUUAAUGAGAAGAAAGGAUAUUCUUUACUGCAAACUAAUACGGCGUAAAAGAUGAACAACACUUAGGAAGUUAUUUAUAUUCUUCGUACUCGCAUAAUUUCGAAGUAUUAUCUGGUAAUAUUUGAAAUAACUGAAAUUUACUUGCUAAUUGUGAAUCAAGAAUCACAAAGUGUAUGUAAGCGUAUUUGCAUUUUUCUAAGAGCGAGAUUAUUAUAGUUAGAGAUUUUCUUUAUUUUAUAGUUAUAUAUGUUUAUGGUGUAGUUUAUAUAAAUUAAAAACUAAAGUUAUUUUAAGAAAUAAUGUCGUCGUGUUCUUGAUAUCCCAGAUUUGCAUGUUUUGAUGUUUUAACCUGGAUAGUGUAUUUUCCAGAUUGUUCUCCAUGAUUAAUGCUGCCAAAGAAGACAGAUUCAUAUUAAAGAAAUUAUUAUGUAAGAGUCACGAAGUAUCUCGAAACAAAGGUUUUACAAAUUUGGAGUUUAUGCUUGAAGCAAACGUUGUUUUAUAAAUGUGAAAAGACUAAAACAUAAAUGUUAACUUAUUGCUAUAAGAACGCAAGAGUUGUGUAAGUUAGAAAUUUUUGUGUGUGCUAUAUAAUCUUUAUCCUGUGUGUCAUGAAAUAGAUUUAGCUUUAUGAGAGACCAUUUUUUUUUCAUUUAUCAAUUUUAAUUUAUAAAACUUAAUACAGCACGAGGUAGAACUUAGAAUAAAACUAUUUAUUUAAUCAAGUCUGUGAUAUUUGAUUUGCGAUUUCUCGUUUGAUUCAUAUCAUAUGAGAAGUGUUUUAUAUUUUUGUUCAUCUUCAGUAAAAUCUACGUAUAAAAUUUGUAUUUACUUUAGAAAUUUCUCUGUGCAAUUUUCGAUCAAGUGCUAGGUAAUUAUUUUGUUUGUUUGAUAAAAAUAUUGCCUCUUUUAUUCGGGAUAUAGAUCUCAAAGAUUUUCUACUCGGAUAAAUGUUGUAAAAAUUGCGCUUAUAUGCAUGUUACGAAGUUUUUUUACCAGUAUUUCUUACGUAUAUUUAUAGUACAUUUCAUUGCAUAAUUUUAAAAUGUUUAUUUCUAUGUUCAAAACGUUAACGGGAAAAAUCUUGCAGAGCAUUUCUGUUUGAAAUGUAAUAAGUUAUUACUCACCUUCGAAAUAACGUCCAUGGAAAUGUAGAUUGUUUACUUCAGCUUUCAUGAAAGUCGUAGAAGCACUGUCAGGAUGCCUUUUUUAUGUUUGUCAACAAAUUGGCCGUCAUAUCAUUAUAGAUAUCUUGGAUUGCCUAAAAAUAUGGAUUCCAUAAAAUCACCUUGAUAAGAGAGAGCGAUGGAGUCAGAGACUUAGAAAACUGGCAAGAAAAGGCACAUCUGACAAAGCAAGAGCCUGUUUAUGGUAUAAAAAUAUUCGAAAUAAUUUGCUCAAACUUCAUUUGCUCAAAAUGUAACAUCGCUCCGAAUGGUCAAAAAAUGCUUUUGUAGUUGCGCUGCAAACACAAACUACGCUGUCCCGAACAAUACCACUUCAUACAUUUCUUCUGUAGCAAGAAAUGCCCUGCAACGGACAAAUUCUGUUACUGCAAGUUUUACGUAUGUGACAGGACCUUUCCCUGAACUUUUUGAACAGACGGGUAAUUAAGAAUAUGUAAAUAGUUUGGUAAUUUUAAUGUAAGAAAAAUUGUUUUUGCAUUUCUUAUAUAAUCAAUAAAAUAUGUAAAUAAAA